GCCGGUUUUAUCAGUUGUUUUUGUUUUUAAAAAAUUUAGCACGUGAAUUUUAUGAAAUUUUCUUUAUUUUUUGAUCGAUUUUUGUUCAAAAAAAUGAGAAUAAAUCGAGUACUGGACUAGACUUCGAAAUAAAGUAUUGUUUGGAGUGUGAUUUUACUAUUUUUGUUCGACCGUUUACGUUUUUUGAGCAGUCAUGAGCACCGAUUUUAGAGUACCGGUUGUAAACUGGAAUCACGGAACUCUGAACCCAGAGUAUGCUGACAAACUGGAGUGCGAGUUGUUGUCAGAUGUUGAAAAUCCGAAGAAACACAUCGCAAUUCUAGCCACCGAUAACUUGGGCCAUUCUUUCCUAAGUAAACGAGAUGAUACUCCGUAUUGCAAUAAUUUCAUAAUGAUUCGCAACAAAAAAACAGAUACUGUUCGAUUUUUUGCUACCGAUCAGUACCUAAUGCUUCCGUAUUGCGCUUCUGAGAAGAAGAAAUCGAAUUCUUUGGUGAAAAGUGAAGAUAAAACGUCCAAGUUGACGUCGGCCAUUGCUCUGAGUAAAGUUAUGGGUUCGAAGAGGAAUAAACGAAAAAUUUUAGAGAUGGAGAAAACCGAUUUUAAAGUUGAUAAUAUCGAAAAGAAAUUGGAAAAGGCUAUCAAAGAAGAGAAAAUAAACAUCGAAGAAGACGUGAAACCAGUCGUACUUACGAACGCAGAUAUUCUACCGCCUUGUAAUCGAGCUGCCGAGUCGGUCGAAUCUGUAUACGAUGUUCGUGAACUCAUGUCUUCGGAGCUAUUGAGCAGUUUAGAAACCAUUGCUAAAGAAGUUAUAAAUUAUAGUUCGGAACAGUUAUCAGAAGACACGAGAUUUACGAAAUUCUUCACCUCUCUGCUGGGUAAAAUCGAUAAAAAAAGCCUUAUAAAAGUGAAAAUGCUGUUAUUCGUUGACGCAUUGCUGCAGUUUUUGAGUUUCCCAGCUCGUGGAUUCAGAAGUAAAAAUCUGAUUAUGUGUCCGUAUUCGGCCGUGUUGAAUGAGAAAUUAAUCGGCGAUUUUUGCGCUUCUGCGUUAGGUGGAAAGUUAACUCGACCUCAAUCUAUGCGUGAUAAAGCGUUUUGCUAUAUUCUCGUAUUGUUACUCCUGAUCUACGAUUUUACCGCCAAUAUCAGCGUGUUAUCGAGUCAUAUUUCACAUUCGGAAUAUACGAAGUUACCCAAACUGAUGAGAGCAGUUGGAGCUCGAUCUGUUAAUAAAUCAGCGGUGGAAUUUUGUUUGAAACUUCCUUUGGCAGAGUUGUCAGCUUUCGUUGGACGGAAAUCUACGGGGAAGAGUAGAUAAAAAGCGAAUGAGAGGAUAAGUUUUUUUUUGUCGAAAUAAGUAUUUAUUGUUUUGUUUUUUCUUUGAUAUAAAUAAUUUUGAAAAUAUGA